AUAGAGUGCCGCCCAUGUGGAGGAGGUCAGACUCAUAUCCCAGACAAACUCUCACCCUGGUAUAAACUCACCUGUCAGAGACCCACAUGCUGCUGCUUCGGCGUUCGGUUGUAGGUUUCGGUGGUGUGGCUCGAUGGGGAGUGCGCUGUCUGUGCUCCGGAGACGCAACGGGCCGGUACCGGGAUACUGUGCUGCUGCCCCGCACUGACUUCCCUAUGAGAGUGAGCGGGCCGAAUCUCCUGGAGCAAGAGAUCCAGAUCCAGCAGAAAUGUGGUUUUGACCAGCUGUACACAUGGCAGAGAGGGAGAAAGGCAAAGAAGGAGUACUGCCUUCAUGAUGGACCACCAUAUGCCAACGGUGACCCUCAUGUGGGGCAUGCUCUCAAUAAGAUCCUCAAAGAUAUCCAGAACCGUUUUGAGGUGCUGAGAGGCAGACAGGUUCAUUAUGUACCCGGCUGGGACUGCCAUGGGCUGCCCAUUGAGCUCAAAGCACUCGGAGACCUCAGAACCAGUGAGCUGACCCCUCUACAGAUCAGACAGAAAGCACGUGAGUUUGCAGAGAGGGCCAUAUCUCGGCAGCGUGCUGCAUUCCAGCGCUGGGGCGUGAUGGCUGACUGGGAGAAUUGUUAUUACACAUUUGAUGGAAAAUAUGAAGCAGUACAGCUGAAAGUCUUCCAGGAAAUGCACAGCAAAGGUUUAAUUUAUCAGGACUUUAAGCCUGUAUUCUGGUCACCAUCGUCCAGGACAGCAUUUGCAGAAGCUGAGCUGGAGUAUAAUCCAGAACAUGUAAGCAGUGCUGUUUACGUCACCUUCCCACUUCUCACCCUGCCUGCCAAACUUGCUGCAAAAGCAGAAGGUUGGGGUCAUGUGUCUACUCUGAUCUGGACAACUCAGCCUUGGACUAUACCAGCCAAUCAGGCAGUUUGUUACAUGCCCAAAUCACAGUACUCUGUAGUGAAGCGAGCCGAUAAUGAACAGCUCCUACUAGUGGCCACAGAUCGCAUAAGCAGCCUCUCCUCCAUACUGGGGACAAAUCUAGAGAGCCUGGUCACACUCGCAGGGUCAGAUCUUGAAGGUGGAGUCUGCCAGCAUCCCACAAUUCCUGCAAAAGAAGUGCCUUUGUUGCCGGCUAAUCAUGUGACCAUGGCCAAGGGAACAGGAUUGGUCCACAUAGCUCCAGCCCAUGGCAUGGAGGACUAUAGCGUUGCCACACACUUUAAUCUGCCUGUGGAGUGCAUGGUGGAUGAGGAGGGCAAGUUCACGGAACUCGCUGGCACUGACCUGCAAAAUAAAUUAGUGAUGACUGAAGGCAAUGCCACAGUGAUUUCUAUGCUGCAGGCAGCCGGUGCAGUUGUGAAGGAGGAAGAUUGUGUCCACAGUUACCCGUAUGACUGGAGGACCAAACAGCCGGUUGUGAUCAGAGCCAGUAAACAGUGGUUUAUUAAUACAGCCAGCCUCAAAGACAAAGCUAGGGAUGCCCUGCAGAAGGUGCGUGUGAUACCAGAAUCGGCGAGGUCCAGUUUGUUGGCGAUGUUGGACAGAAGAACUUACUGGUGUAUAUCUCGGCAGAGGAGCUGGGGCGUCCCCAUCCCUGUGUUCUACCACAAAGAGACUGGAGAGCCACUCUUAAACAAACAUUCGGUGACACAAAUUGCUAAAGUUUUCUCUGAGAAAGGGAGUGACAGCUGGUGGAUGGAGCCAGUGGAAACAUUUCUCACUCCGGAGGUUCUUCAGAAGAGUAAAGCUGGUGCAGCAUCUGAUUAUGUGCGUGGUGAAGAUGUCCUGGACAUCUGGUUUGACAGUGGAACCUCUUGGGCUGCUGUAUUACAGGAAUCAGACCCGCGUGCAGACUCGUAUGUGGAGGGGAAAGAUCAGAUUGGCGGUUGGUUUCAGUCAUCUCUCCUCACCAGUGUAGCUGUACGGAAUAAAGCCCCUUACAAAGCGCUGGUGGUCCAUGGUUUUGUUGUGAGUGAGAGAGGAGAAAAAAUGUCCAAGUCUAUAGGCAACGUGGUUGACCCAGAUGACAUCAUUAAUGGAGGGAAGAAUUUAUUGGUCUCUCCUCCCUAUGGUGCAGAUGUUUUGAGAUGGUGGGUUGCAGAGUCGAACGUGUUCUCUGAGGUUCAGAUCGGCCCAAACACACUAAACGCUGCCAAAGAGAGCAUCAACAAGUUGAGGAAGACUCUGAGGUUUCUCCUGGGGAAUCUCCAGGGCUUUGAUCCACGUUCUCAGGCUGUGGACCCAAAACAAAUGCACUACAUAGAUCAGUACAUGCUGCACCUGCUCAGGGAUUUCAGCAUGAAGGUAACUGAUGCUUACAGUGAGUUUGACAGCGGUCGAGUCAUCCGUCUGCUACAAGCCUUCAUCACCAGAGAAUUAUCCAACUUCUAUUUCAGCAUCAUUAAAAAUCGGUUGUAUUGUGACGCUGAGGACUCUGUUGGUCGGAGGUCAUGUCAGACUGUUCUAGAAGAAAUUCUGGAUGGAGUGACUCGCUCUAUAGCUCCUGUCCUCCCUCACCUGGCUGAGGAGGUGUACCUGCAUGCACCUGGACAUGAUGAGGUGGAGACUUUGUUUCGUAGUGGCUGGAUUAAGACCAGUUCUGUAUGGCGGAGGCCGGGAUUGGAGGAAGCAGUGGAGGGGGCGUGUGCUAUUCGAGAUUCCUUCCUGUCAUCUAUUCCAGGACGCAAUGCUGCAGAAUAUGACCUCAUCAUUUCCAUUGAGCCUGGUCUGUUCUUUGAGCUAAUGGAGUCUCUUCAAGAGGAGCCCACCUCUACCUGUUCCCAACUGACUGAGCUCAUGAUGGCCUCACGGAUCACUCUGACGAACUCUCUCCCACGGGAUCUGCCAUCGGAUGCUGUCACCAGUUCAGGAAAAUUCCUCAUCAACCUGGAAGGGGGUGUGAUUUGCGAAGAAAGUUCAUAUAGUAUAGCCGCAACGCCCACCUCUCUCUCUCGCUGUCCGAGAUGUCGGCGCUACACAUCAGAUGAGCCUGACUGCCUCUGCCCACGAUGCCAGACCGUACUGGAAAAUGCCAAGAAACUAUCCUGACUGUUGUCUUGACUACUGCCCACUCACUGCCCUCCCCCACCCCUUUCUCUGUGAUCCCUGUAAGGGCUGUGAUGAACCAGUAGAAAGCUGCUAAUGGAAUUUGUGGGAGGAUUGUGUUUUUCAGGGCUCAAACAGAAGAUGGACUGUUAGAAAUUAAUAAAGCAAAAAUAAUUGGGAAGGAAAUGACACUCGGCUGAGAUAACAUCCAGAUACACUUGUUUCUGAGCAUGUGCAUGAACACGAAGAGCGCUGACCUGUGCGGGUUCACUCUGGAACCCAGGGAUAGUUCACUCUGUCAUCGUUUACUCACCCUCAUGUUGUUCCAUAUAUCUAUUAAUCAAUUCAAAACAAAAACGGCCUCAGUCACCAUUGUAUGUUUCAUUGUAUGGAAAAAAGAAGCCAUGAAAAUUAGGCUAAUAUUCUGAUUUUGUGUUCCACGGAAGAGAGUUAUUCAUGUGUUCAAAAUAACAUGAGGGUGAUUAAAUGAUGACAGAAUUUUCAUUUUGGGUGAACUAUCACUUCAACCUAUUAAAUACUAACAAGAUGAUUAAAUGUAUUAGGCUUAUGUUCUAAGCUCAGUGCUCUGUUAUAGGUUUAUGAAUCCAACUGAUUAAAGCAAAAAUAUCAUCAA